CACUACAUUAAUUUUAUUUAAAUAAAACAGAAGCAAUGAGGAGGUAAAAAUACUUACAAAGCUGUUGGUCGGUACUUUAUGAAACAUUGUGUAAAGAUUUAAUGACAAUGAAUAAUAAAAACACUUUUAAAUUUCCAGUAAAUUCUAUUUCCGAAACAUUUAAAUGUGUUUUUAUUUAUUGUUAUCACACAAGUAAAAAAAUAUAUUUAUGCGCACGCUCGACCGCCAUGUUUGUGUAGCGUACACGCCCAUCUUAAUACCGUCUACAACGACACCGCUUAAAGCGUGCAGCUGCAGUUUUACUGUAGCGUUCGUUUGGUGCGUAUCGGUUAUUGCGACUCAAUAAAAGUAAUUUUCUCAUUCGCUACAAUUAAAUACAUGUGGAUGUUGCCUUUUGUUUCGUCUGUUCCGCACUUUAGAGCCGGCUUUGCGUUUUGUUACUUUCAUCGUUUGUUUUUAUUCUUUAAUUUUCUUCUUAAUUAAAAGUCCGUUUAGGCUAUGAACGUUGUGGUUUAGGCAGAGGUCGCGGUGUUAUAACGAAGUGAUCCACAUUCGCGCGUAAUUCAAAAUGGCCCAACAGAAGAGAAAAGUAUUUAACAUCGAAGAAAAAGCGCACAUAGUAUGGAGAUUGGAGAACGGAGAGUCGAAUACAAGUUUAGCAAAAGAAUAUGGCAUUUCUCGUUCCACAAUUUCGUCGAUUUGGAAAAAUAGGGAUAAAAUAAGAAAUUUUUAUCAGAACAAUUAUUUGAAUAUGAAACGCGCGCGAUCGUCUGAUUAUAAACCCAUUGAAGACGCUUUAUUAGAAUGGUUUAAAAGCCAAAGGGCAGAUGCAACGAUUUUGAAUGGCCCAGUUCUUCAAGAAAAAGCUAACGAAAUCGCCCGAAGUUUGGGGAAAACUAAUUUUAAUUGUUCUUCGUCUUGGAUUCAACGUUUUCGAGUUCGUCAUAAUAUAAUUCCACCCAAAAAGAGCGGUACAUUGGUAAAUACUGAAGAUAAAAAUGAAACUAUUGGAUUAGAAGAUUUUGAAAAUAGGAACGAAGAUGUAGUAAUUUCGGGUUCUUCCGAAAAACAUAACGACGAUCACAAUUUGGAUAAUAUUGAAAGGGUUGUUGUUCAAGUUAAAAAUGAGACUGAAGUAUCGAACACAUUUUACACCGAGAUGGUCAAAUCGGAAGAUAAUGGUAAAAAGACAAAGUCCAUGGAAGGGAAUGGUACAAGUAAGGGAUUUGCUGAUGGUUUAGGUAACGUAAGAAUAAAGGAAGAAAACGAAGAAGAGGGAGCCGACAUUAUUCUACCGGAAAUAGUCACGUUAGAAGAUGAAAAUCAACCAAAAAGGUCUACUAAAGAGGCUACGAUAACAAAACCCUCCGAAACAAACGAUGACGAUGAUCUUUUAUUUUUUAAAUCAUUGUUACCCGAUCUUCGAUCGUUGUCUCGAGAACGUAAAUUGUAUAUUAGAAACAAAAUUCAAUUACUUAUAUUAAAUGAAGUGUACGGAUAUCGAAUAGAAAAUACUUAAAUUGUUUUUUAUCCUGUAACAUGUUGAUACUUAGGUAUAUAAUACUUACUUAUUUUUAGUUAUUGUAUGCAAAAGUUAUAGUAUUUAUCGUGUUGUUAUUUGUUCCGGUUAAUUUAUUUAAUGUAAGUAAUGUAAUUAAUUUUUGUACAAUAAGAACGUUUUAUUUAAAGAAAAAAAAACAUUUUAUACAUAAAUAAGUAUUUUUCUAUUUAUCAUGUUUCACUUUGCAACUGUUAGAAGAUGAAUCACAGCCAUCGUAUUCCUGUAAAUUUUUGUUAUUAAGUUUAUCUUCAUUAACACAUGCACACCUGAAGCUUUUGGACCCGGGUUGAUAAUAUUUUCGCGGUACUCCGAUCC